UGUAGAGUGUGUGUGUGUGUGUGUGUGUGUGUGUGUGUGUGUGUGUGUGUGUGUGCGCACAUUUGAGGGUGGCAUCAGAGGGGAGUGUGCUAUCAUGUUUAAAAUUAAGUUGGUGGAGUGGCGUGUUCUCACCCAGACUGCAUUUAGCUGUUAGCGCUCACGCUGAGUUUCAUUACAGCACAAAAAUAAAGGUGUGUCUUCACACACACACACACAUACACACACACACACCACUCUAACAGCCCCAAGUGCACAUACACAAUCUUUGCCAACUCUCCUGAACUCACCCUCCCACUAGCCACACACAUGCCCCACACACACACUCAAAGUGACCCUCCAAGGGCACUCAGUAGUCCUUUAUUCAGGGUAACAUGGCGUCUAUGUAAACACUGACCAUUAAACAACCUUACACCUCAGUUAGAUCAGCAGUGUUCAUCUCUUUCCUGUCUCUCUUCGUCUCGUGUCCUUCUGCGUCAGCAACUGAUGCGCGAACAGCUUCAUGAUCAAGAGAGGAGAGAGAAGCAGCGUAGACGCCACGUCUCCCCGUAUGCUCCGGCCACUGCAACGCAAACCACUACAUUUUACCCCAGUCAGAGUCCUGCUAUUGAUGUCAGCAGCCCUGUGGCUCCUUCCACCACCACACCUUUGCCCCCUGAAGUUCUAAGGGUGAAGUCUCAUUUAGAAAACCCUACAAAGUAUCAUCUCCAGCAGGCACAGAGACAGCAGGUGAAAGCAUACUUAUCGACCACACUCAGCCCAUUUUCCAGCAUGCCCUGUUCCAAUCAGUCUUCUGACCCUGGGGGAAUUUCAGCUGGUCAGGUGAACAGCACCCCCAACAGUCCCAUGGCUUUACUCACCCUUAGCUCUACCAGCGAGAGAGAGAUGGGUGAUGUAAUCGAUGACAUAAUCGGUUUGGAGUCAAGUUACAGUGAUGAAAUGCUUAGGAUGCCGCUGGAAUCCUCAAUGCACAUGAACAACACGAUGUCAUUGUCAGUGAAUCUGAUGGAUGCUUAUAAUAAUCAGAGUUUAGCUCCACCAACCAUCUCCAUCAGCGCUUCCUGCCCUGAGAACCUGCCCAACAUCAAGAGGGAGUUCUAUGAUGCAGACGCUCAAACUCUCGCAAAAGAACGGCAGAAAAAAGACAACCACAACCUGAUUGAGAGAAGACGACGUUUCAACAUCAAUGACCGCAUUAAAGAGCUCAGCACACUCAUCCCAAAAUCCAGUGACCCAGACCUGCGCUGGAAUAAGGGCACUAUUCUGAAGGCAUCAGUGGACUACAUCAGGAAGCUGCAGAGGGAUCAGCAACAUGCCAAAGAGCAGGAAAGCUGGCAGAAGAACCUGGAGAUUGUUAACCACCAGCUGAUGCUGCGGGUGAAGCAGGAGUUAGAGAUUCAAGCUCAGGCUCAUGGACUCGCUCCCUCAACUCUCUGCUCUCCAGAAUGUUCUGCUCGUCCAAUUAAACAGGAGCCAAUGCUGAGUAAACGUGACACGCCAACAGAAGCCUGCAUCAUGACCUCUGACCCUGGGGUCUGUGGAAUUGCCAAGUCAGCUGGUGCUGGACAUGAGCGACUGAUUGAGGAGAAAGUGUUACCAUUAACAACAAGACUUUCACCAAAGAACAGCAGCAAGAGUAGCUUUAGCAUGGAGGAUAGUGAGCACACAUGCUAGCAUUUCCUGAUCAUUAGAGAUGCAUGAUGUUUGUUCUGAAGAACUUCCUGCUUUUCUAUAUUCACAUUCGUUUUAUUUUAUAUAAAAAACUGUUUUAUUAUUUAAACUUUAUAACUUAAAAUUAAUUGAAUUUAUUCAGUAGAAUUUAAAACCUGAUCCAGUUUAAUCUGGUUUGUGAUGAUCUCAAUGUGACUGAUGAACAGCUUCUAUAAUGUAGGGUUAGAUAAACACUCUGAUUAAACACAUCAAUAAUGGACUGAUCUUCCUUCUCCUCCACCUUCUCCUCUACGACCUCUUCCUCCUAAUUUCCCCUCCUCCUUCUCCACCUCAUCCUCCUAUUCCUCCACCUUAUCCUUCACCGCCACCUCCUCAUUUUUCAUCAUGUCAUACUCCUCCACCACCUCUUCCUCCUCCACCCCAUUCUUCUCCACCACCUUGUCCUCCUCAAACCUCACAGUCACACUGCACUUUAAUGCUUUUAGGAAAUCUGACACAAUGUGAACGUUUAGAGCAGUGAUGUAAAUGUUUAUGUUGUUUGCUUGUAAUCUCACACACACACACACACACACACACACACACACACACACACACACAGCUAAUAGAAACAGCUAAACUGUUCCAGUGUCUGAUACAUUUCCAGAAUAAAGUUAUUUAUUUAUAUAUUUAUUUACGUAAACUGCCAUUUUACUCACUGCAGUCAGGGGGCGGAGCUAAACUAAUCACCAUUUCUUAUUGGUGUAUUGACUCUAAACACCAGAGGUGCGUGUGGACACAAUUAUAGAAAAUGCGUAAAAUUAUCGAAUUUAUCCUUAAAUAUGUAAAAUAAACAAACAAAACCAAUAGUAAUAAAUAGAAGAAAUGUGAAAGAUA